AUGGACGCUGCUACUCACUUCGCUCUCGACAAGCGCUAUUCGCGCUGUGGUUAUGGCCAGUACUACAGCAAUGGCUACUGCUACGACAACCGCUGGAGCUCCUGGGGUCGCUGGGUCCUCCUAGGCGUUGUUAUUCUCGUCGCCGCCGCCGCCGCCUUCCUCUGCAUGUGCCUUGCCCGUCGUCGUCGCCGCACUGGCGCUAAGCCUUACUACGGUACUGGCUGGAUGGCUCCCGCUGGCAACUACAACAACAACAACAACGCCCAGGGCUACAACAACACCCAGACCUAUGGCCAGCCCCAACAGCAGGCUUACGGCUCGUACCAGCCUCCUCCUCAGUACCCCCAGCAGCAGCAGCAGUACACUGGUUCUACGUUCAACCCUAACGAUGGCUACUAUGGAAACCAAAACCAGGGUUACGGCAACGUCCAGCAGCCUCCCAAUACCUACAACCGCGAGGGUGGCGGCGACUACGCUCCCCCCAGUGGCCCUCCUCCCGGCAAGACAGGUUAA